AUAAGCCGUGAAAAAGUAAGAGCAGGAACAGUUCAGCGUCAUGUCGUAGCUCACAUUCGAGUUGAUCUCUCUGGAUAGUGAGAACGCCUCAGUAGUGGUGCUUGCCUUCCGUGAUGAGUUUCAGAAUGUCUUCCAGUUGGAAGAACAUGUCAGGGAUCCUCGGCAAGUGGAAGCAUAAAAAGCUCUCGGAAGAAUGGGGCUCGGGAGCAAAAGAACCCGUUCAGGAAGGCAUGACGUUUUACCUUGAAUAUCUAGGGUCAACAUUCGUCGAGAACGCGAAAGGUGAAGCAUCGACCGCAGAAGCUAUCAAGAAAGUUAUCCAACUGGCAAAAGCGGGAGGGAACAAGCUGAAGAAAGUUGCGGUGACCAUUUCGCCGAAGGGAAUUCAAACAAGAGAGAUGCCUUCCGAGGAUGUUCACAUCGAUGUCAGUAUCUACAGGAUCUCCUAUUGUUCUGCCGAUGCUACGUAUGACAGAGUCGUUGCCUUCAUAGCGACCAACAAGAACGAAUUGAUGGAAUGUCAUGCCUUCUUGUGCUCGAAAAAAAGGGUUGCUCAAGCGGUCGCUCUGACGAUUUCUCAAGCUUUUAAUUCUGCCUUUGAGCUAUGGAAGAAAUCCAGGCAGGAACAGGAGGAGGAGAAGAAAGAGAACAAGACGAAGAGUGAAAAUCAUCUACCACCCCUCAUAGAUCUAUCAGCAUCGGGAGACGUCCCCAUCACGCUUCCCCAACCGUGGACAACGUUCGAAGACAGCCAAGUUGAUGAGCUGUUCUCUCAACUCGGAGAGCAGCAUCUCACUGAUAUAGAUCGCAAUUGUUGGAAUGAACGGCAGUGA